GGAAACAACCUCGAUGCAGUCGCAUCCCAGGAUCCCACCGAUGCCGGCAGCGUGAGCCCACCUCCCGCUCGAGGUGGUGUUCCCAUCCGUCAAUAAAUGAUCUCUCCCCCCCCCCCCGCCGUCUCUUCUCAUGAUCUCAUUACUUUCAUGUCAUCCUUUUACUUGAUUGCCUCUCUUCCUUCGUAUAUCUUUUGUUGGUUCCGUUCCGGUGGUCGGUGGUAUUUAAAAGAGUGUUCUGGCGCCAUGGAUUCCCACGUCACGUUGUUUCUUGACAUUCCGAUCUUGCUUCAGCCGCUCUGUGCGUCCACUAUGAGUAUCCAGCAUGCUAGCGCCAAGCGGAGUGUCUCAAUCAUCACGAAAUGACGUAAUCAGUCUCUUUUUUCUCUCUUCCACUUCUUUGUCUAUAUUGGAAGAUCGUCCCGGCUACGA